AUGCACCCCCCUUUGGCAGAACACCAGCAUCAAGGCAAGCGCCCAACCCCAACCCCAACCCCAACCCCCCCGCAACGCACUCGACUCCGCAUAGUCAUACUGACUCCGCACACUGACUCGGCACCGACCGACGACUCCCUCCCGCAGGCUGCGCCGACUUCAUCGAAGCGAUCAAGCACUGCCACGACCAACACUCGAUCCUCAAAUUCAUCGGCUAUUGCAACGACCACAAGACCGCCUUGAACCUGUGUCUCGGGAAGGAGGUCCGUCCGGGCUCAUCUCACGAGAUGGGGAUGCCAAGACAGCGUGCAGUGCAGGGGUCCCAGCUGACCCUGCUGCUGCUCACCGCGCUCACCGCGCUCAUCGUACGGUGUGCAUCUGUUGCAGAGGACGGACCGAGCGAUCGAGAAUCGACAACAAGCCAAAGCCAAACGACAGCUCAUACAAGCCCGAUGGGACCAGAUCGAACGAGAGUCAUGA